GUUCGAAGCUUCAGUGAACCGACACAGCAGAUCAGAGCUUCAUUCACUCCUCUGAUGUGGCAUGUAGCUGUUUACAUCUGCCGAGGCGGAUCGUCCCGAUUUAAGUAUCUUCCUCUGAGACUGUAAUGCGUGUCAGUGUCGCUGUAUAGCUGUAUAUAUAUAACUGUACAGCUGGUGAACUUAUAGAGCAGCGCAGAACCACCAUCUGCUAAAAUGUCGGCGUCGGGAGGAACCAAAAACACGAAUACGGAACCGUGGGGUGGCUUUGAUGACAACAUUAUCAUCCAGGGCAGUGGCUCUGCAGUAAUAGACAUGGAGAACAUGGAUGACACCUCUGGCUCCAGCUUUGAGGACAUGGGGGAGAUGCACCAGCGUAUGAAGGAGGAGGAGGAGGUGGCGGAGGAGGCUGCAGCUACAGAAGAGGACACCGGAGAGGAUGGAGAGUUCCUUGGCAUGAAAGGCCUCAAAGGACAGCUAGGCAGACAGGUCGCCGAUGAGGUUUGGCAAGCAGGGAAGCGGCAGGCCUCGAAAGCCUUUAACCUCUAUGCUAACAUCGACAUCCUUCGACCUUACUUUGAUGUUGAGCCUAUUCAAGUGAGAAACAGAUUAAUUGAGUCCAUGAUUCCUCUCCGAAUGAUUGCUUUUCCACAGAAAGUUGCUGGAGAGCUGUAUGGACCAAUGAUGCUGGUGUUCACUCUGGUCGCCAUCCUCCUGCAUGGCAUGAAGACAUCGGGCACAGUCAUCAGAGAGGGUACUCUGAUGGGCACUGCCAUUGGAACCUGCUUCGGCUACUGGCUGGGGACGUCCUCCUUCAUCUAUUUCUUGGCCUACCUUUGCAAUGCUCAAAUCACCAUGCUUCAGAUGCUGUCUUUAUUGGGAUAUGGUCUCUUUGGCCACUGUGUGGUCCUUUUCAUCACCUACAAUGUCCACUUUCACUCCCUCUUCUACAUUCUGUGGCUGGUGAUUGGAGGACUUUCUACGCUUCGGAUGGUUGCUGUGCUGAUCUCUCGUACAGUGGGUCAGACUCCUCGUCUCAUCCUGUGUGGCACCCUGGCUGCUCUCCACAUGCUCUUUCUGCUCUACCUGCAUUUUGCAUAUCACAAGAUUGUUGAAGGGAUCCUGGACACCCUAGAAGGUCCCAAUGUCCCCCCUAUCCAGAGAGUGGCCAGAGACCUACCUAACUUGGCGUCUGUUGUUGUGAAUGCCACUGUGAAAUCUGUGGCUGCAAUUGUACACUCACAGUGAUCACAUGGUUAGUACCAGUGCUUCCUACCUUGGUCAAGGAAGCUGGUUUGGGUGUGCAUGAACUGGACAAAAGAGACUGACAUGGGAGUUCAUACCUAGUGCCCUUCCUAAGCCUAAAAGUCCAGUUGUCAGUUGAAUGUCAUAUGUCUGCCAUGAUGAUGGGCAUAAGAUCAUAGGUCACAGUGGCAAAAAGUGGAUCUUGAUCUCAGUCGUUUUUGAGAGGCAAUACUAUUUUUACAAACCUUAACUGUUAUUGCUCUCUGUGGUCAACUCUUGUGGAAAAAUUCAGUUGCGCAACAGAAAGAAAUUGCUUGAUAUUGGUAUUUCUCACAUCAGACACAUUUAAUUAUCUGCAGAAAAUAGCAACACUAAAGACUAGACUUGUUCAUGUAUGUAAAGUGCCCUAAGCUUUUCCCCAGAUGAUCAAUGUGCAUUCACAUGCAAAUUCAUUUAAAGGUGAAAGGGAUAGAACCUCACCUUCACAGCAAGUGCAUUUUAGUUCAUUUUCAGUUUAGCUGUUUUGUAAACAUCAGCUCUUCUCUAAUAUUGUGCAAGGACUUUUUAAAGAUGCUUUAGAACAGGCACGUCAAACUGGGUUCCUUCCGGGCCACAGCUCUGCGGAGAUUAACGUUUUUCAUCGCCUAAUGCUUUGAAUUCAGUGUAUGAACGUUUUUCUAAUUAGUUGAUCAGCUGAUUCGGGUCUGUGGAAUGAGGCAGAAUCCUGAAGUCUAUGGAGCUGUGGCCCGCAAGGACCGGAGUCUGACACGUUUGCUUCACAAGCAACAAAAACAACCGUGGCAAAUUUAAGUGACUCUCAUUAUGUUAACCUGUUUAAUAAGAUCUACAUAAGAUAAACAUUAAGAAGCUUACUCUCUGCCUCUUUAUUAUCUUAAAAUAUAGUUCAAAGACCUGCAUAUGUUUACAUAUAUGCAGUUGUAAUAGAGAAGCUCUUCCUUUGUCAGUCAUUCCACCUGUGCAUCCUCACAAUUUGUCUAAUUUACAUAGACAGCUGAAGGUGUUUAACUUCUGGGCCACUUUCUUUAACCUCUGAGAUAUCAAAUGUUUUUGGGUUGGGGACAUUUUGAAUGAAGCCUGUAUCUACAAUUACUGUUAUCUUGGUUAAUAAGAGCAAUGCAAUGGUGCAGAAAUGCAGUGAUGAUUCAGAUUUUUCUUUCUUCUUAAUGGUGCAUGAGUUUUUUUUAAAAAAAGUUUUUGUUUUACCCAGCCAUUAUAUGUACUGCACUCUGGACUUCUGUUGGGAACACUGGGUAGAGGUCUGUGGCUAUCAAUACUUGCUUGUUAUUUUGUCACUUUAUGUGAACUUUCUAUUUAUAGGGUUAUUGUACAGAAAAAAGAUGUAGAAUCAAAAAUAAAGUAUUAAAAACACAAGGCUAACCUGA